AUGAUCACACCUAUCCAGGUCUUCGUUUUAUUCGCUUUAAUACAGAUGAUAUGCGCCGAAUUUGACGAACUAGGUCCUGAAGUUCCUAUAGAUCCAAGUAUACCUGUAGAUUGUUAUUACCCACCGGAUAACGUACAUGAUAAGAUUACUUCGAAAUUUCAUUACAUUCAUAUAAGAGGACCAAUACCACGUUCUCAAGAACAGGUGAAUCUUCAUGACUGCUGCCCUGUUAAUCAGCUGUUUCACGACAGAGAUUUGGCAAACUGCGGUUUCAAGUUACCUGAUAAUUCCAAACCUUGGAAGUCCAGAGAUUGCUCCCCCAGAAUAUGUAUAUUCAAGAAACAUAAUCUUUUGCACGUGAAUGAAACAAUUAACUAUGAUGCAAUGGCGUUAUACUUAGAUAAAUGGGCCGAAAACCAGCAUAAUAUUGCUGACGGUGUGAACGAAGCGAAAAGAAUAUGCUUUGGUAAGAAAGAUGGACCACCUGUACCCCAGAAACCCUUCGGCACGUUCCAUCAUGUUCCAUGCGAAGUGGACAGGUUACUUAUAUGCAUAAGAAGCAAUGUUAUAUGGAAUUGCAAACAGAAUGAGCGUGCUCCUGGUUGCAAGAAACUUGGAAAUCACAUGAAAAAGUGUAAACAGUAUUUGUACAAAGAGAUACCAACUGAAUAA